CGAAAAAUAAACACCAAGACAAAAGUUUAAAAUUACAAAACCUUUAUUAAGCAAUAACUUACCGAAACUUCAGAAAAGGCGACAGGGCGACCAUCCACUCUGAUGUGCUGGAUUUCUCCUGCCCGUCUAUCUCUCAUGUUGUACUGACAGCAUGUGAAGCGGCUGCUGCAUCAGGGAGCGCUAUAUUGUACAGAUCACCCCUGCUUCGGUGUAACUACCCGUUCCUGAGUACAGAGUCUCAGCAGGGGAAGAGGGCACCGGUCUGCUGCUACUGUCUGGGCCAUAAUCCCACUGCAGACACGGGGCAGCUGAAGGAUCUAAGCUCUGGCUCUUGUUCUCUGUGCUCAUCUGGGAGUCACCCUCUACAUCGCCCAGCUAUACAGGAGCAACUGGUAUCAAGUCCAAGGACUGAGAGCAGCGGGGGCGAGGAGCAGAGCUCGGAUGAUGACAGCGACGGGCGCUACAAGUUGGUGCUAAGAUCGGCCGAGCACAGGGCCUCCCAAGCAGGCAUGAAGCUGGAUGCCCCGUGCGCUACAGGAGGAGGCAAGAAGUGAUGUGAAUGAUGCUCUGGAUGAGCUCCGCUCGGUGAUUCCCUACGCGCACAGCCCCUUGGUCCGCAAGCUCUCCAAGAUAGCCACCCUGCUCUUGGCCAAGAACUACAUCCUCAUGCAAGCCCAGGCGCUCGAGGAGAUGAGGCAGCUUGUGACUUAUCUCAACCAAGGCCAGGCCAUCUCCGCCGCGCCUUCAUCCGUAACUCUGCCGCUGCUGCUUUUGCGCUGCAUCCUCACUCUCGAUGUGCAGAGUCAGCUCAACAUGGACCGAGUCGCUGAGGUGGGAGACACUCUGCAGGAGAUGGGCGCUACUGCUGCUGCUUAGUGUCCCUUGUUCCUCUUCACAUGCUGCUGUCAGUGAAUAGCCAGGGAGGAGAAAUCAAGUGCCCGAAGGAUGAAUGGUUGCCCUGAUGCCUUUUCUGAACAGGAACGGAAGUGGAGUUUCGGUAAGUUAUUUUGGACUUUGUUUCUCCUAAAUUUGUGUAGUUCGGUGGUAUAGUGUAUCAGCUGGUGUUUGCCAACCACUUGGGAUCUCCGUCUGCUUUCAGUGUGUUUAAAUUGGCAGUUUCGUAGGCAGUUAUUUCAGUGCGGACAACCGUCAAGUUCUUGGAUAUUUCCUCAAUGACUGGUAAAAUUAAGUCAAGAGAGCAUUUGUUGAGGAUUUGACACCACCUCUCGCAGAAGUCUGUGUUGUUGUGUCCAAUAGUCAGUAUGUUCUUUACCCUGAAGCCCCUGGGUAUAUGUUGCCUUUUGUGAAAAUCGGAGAGGUAGAUGCCGUGUAGCUUGAGGUCUAUUUCACGUUCUUUUAGUCGUAGUCGGUGAUGGUAGAUGUCGUGUGUAGUGGCUGUGGGAACGAGGUCAUCUGCGGUUUCUGUGAACAGAGUUUCUGCGACUUCCACGUCUGACAAUUGUAGUCCGCUGAGUGGAAUAUCAAUAGGUUCCGUGCCACCGUAGUUUUCCAUCGCCAAGAGUGAGAAGAUUGGUCAUUAACGAACUGGGAUUUAGGUCCAAAAAACUUGGGUGCAAGGGCAGAAGAAUAAUGAUAGAAGCCUGUAGGGAGCCGGCACAACUCGUAAUAUGCUGUGUUCUGUGCCUGGGUGCUAUCAGCAAGAGGUUCAUAUCCCCUCUGCCUUUACCUCACACAAUGCCCUCUUUGCUGACUCCCUUCUAUUCCCUCCCCUUUUUUUCCAGCCCCCCUUUGUCUUUUCCAGGUUUCACGGACCCUCUGAAAACAGAACCAGCGACACAGUGCCUUACCAGCCCUGGACCGUGACCUCAGCCUGCAUUUGGAGCAGCGCUGCAAUUAACAACAUCCUCGUUCCUGGGCCCUAACAACACAUCUACCAUUGCCGCAUUGAGCACACGUAUACGCCCCCUCAGGAAGCAGGUCCGGCCCUAUGACUGCUCGUUCCAAUUAACGUCCACACCGCACAUUUACCGUAUACCGCGAAAACAAUCCUGGCCCCCUGACAGAUGAUUUCUGAUCGCUCUACUUCUAAGUGUCACCUCACGCAUCAGACAUAAUCCUCGCCAGUGGACUGAAACCUUUUGAACAUGCCGCUAUGAUUACCUUGAAUUUCCGUAAAUCCAGUGGAUACCUUUGCCUUGAAUUUCCGUAAAUCCGGUGGGUACCUUUGCCUUUAAUUUCUGUAAAUCCGGUGGGUACCUUUGCCUUGAAUUUCCGUAAAUCCGGUGGGUACCUUUGCCACACACAAUUAUACAGGACAUUUCUUGGACUUAGUUCGAAUUCAAACAGCUUUCAAACUCACUAACUGUGAUUUAAAUGUAGGAUUAUUCUGCUCAAUACUGAAGUUCAAGGCUGCUGUAUUGAUUUUUUGACCACCGGAGCGGAGCUUAUUGGACACUUGAUUUAAAGUAGCCUAUACUAACAUUGCCUAUAGUAACAGUGGCAUAAUAGUCUCUAAAAAAUGUAAGGAUUGCACACUCAGUCUUGAGUAAAGAUACAAAAAAUAUUUUAUUUAUUGAACACUUACAUAAUAGCAGGUCGCCCUACGCGUUUCGACCACCGAGGUGGUCUUCAUCAGGGGCCAAAUAUUAUACAAAUACAAAUAAAGGAUAAAAAGGCAGAACGAUUGUAAGUAGUUGACAGUUUAAAUACCUUAGAGAACUAGCUUCUUCCCCACAAACGUGCGUUUUUCGGCGUGUGACGUAAUUUCCGCCUAGUAUAUGCUGGCGCCUCAAUUACCCUGUGGAACGCACUUGCGUUCCAUCCAGAUUCAGCGCAUGCCCACAACUUUCCCCAUCGUUCAAAAGCACUAACGUCUAUUGAGCAUCAACAUAAGGGGGUGGUGAGUUGCAUAUGCCGAAAAUUGCCUAUGUGACUCGCUUCCUCUGUCUAAUUUCUUGGUAUAUCCCUCUUGGAUCUAUUAUAUACUCAAAAAAAUUUAAUUUUGCUAGCAUGUCUUAUGUAUAAUUCACACUACACCUAUUAAAGGAGACAACUACUGUAAAUAUACAAUUCUUUGAAACAAAGGAAGCAGUCCCAUAUUUGUGAGUGGCUGGUUGAACAAUAAUGCUUGUAUAUAUAAUCUUGUAUGUCCAGCAUAUUGUCUGAAAGAAAAAAAAUACAAAAUAAAUAUAAAUAAUAAAAAAAG